GUGAAAAUUUAAGUUACCCAUGCAGGGUAAAGCUAACCGGCUUUUGAACAACCGGCCCCUGCAGAUAUUAGUAAUUAGAUAUGUCACACUAUAAUAUUCCUUUGUCUCUCGCGAGGACUACACCGUUAGCAAAAUUACAUAAUAACGGAAGACGCGGGAAGAACGUUUUAAUAACCGUCUCGCUUUUUUAAAAAAAAAUUUAAAGAUGUUAAUAGUAUUCAAAAAAUAAAGACAGCUGCAGCUAAAGACGACAAAUACGGCAUUACGCCUGCGUUACCAAAGCAACGUCCCGGAUAAAAAUUUCCCGGUGGGAUAACUUGUAAAGCGUCCUGCCCCUCAUAUAAACAGUCCGUUAUUAAAGCCUGUUUAUAUGGAUCGAGUUAUCCCUUUCCCUUGAUAUCAUUUGAGUAAUUUGUUAUGAAUGUUAAUAGCAGAUGCGAUGCGUUUUGGGGGAGAGAACUUUCACAUCAUUAAAAAAUGAUAUAUCGUUAGGACUCUAAACAAAACUAAGAACUUAUCUAUUUCCAGCAUUAUAGUCACGGAAAGAACUUUUUAAAGGGGGGAGGAGGGAUGGGAAAGCUUUUAAAAGCGUCUGAGAGCUCAUAACUCAACUCGCCUGCCUUAAAUAAUAUUCAUGGCUGCUUAAUACAAAGUACUAACAUCCGAUAACAACAUACGGCAAUUGCAUUUGCAUGCAACUCUUGAUUUCCUGUUAAUGGCUCAAUAAAAUACAUGCAUAUAGUUUAUUUCCUUCCUAUAGUAUUUUCAUAGCCCUGCAAAUUACGUCUUUUCCCGCCUUCAACAUGGCAGCCUUGCAAAGCCGAUUAUGCAUGGAGAUGCAUCUUAUCGUCUUUUCAUUCACCUUGUGUAUACUCCCUCAGAUUCCCAUGCAUUUAGUGCCAAACUCAUUGUAUAUAAAUGAGGCCUUAAUCACUUCUGAAUCAGUCAAUAAAUCAUAACUAAAAAAGCGUAAGUCAGAAUUGAUCGAAAGUUGCUUGGUUGAUGAAUUGUCAGGAAUGUUAUUUAAAAUUUGGCCUGGAAGCUGUAUUUUAAACUAGUGUCGCAAAAGUAAGAACCGUUUCGUAUCAUUCUUCAAUAACAGACAGCGUUGAAAGAAAGAGAUAUUGGCUGCUGUAUUCGUUGAGUGUUUUGCCAGGCCGUACACCAUAAAUACAAAGUCUGCUUCGCAUUCUGUUCCUACCUUUCCCACAACAAACGACGGCAAUAACAAUUUAACGGGGAAAAAUGACGAGCUAUGAAGUUAAAGAAAAGGUUAACGAAGGUUUUGAGCAAGAGGAACCCGGUGGGGAGUCAAAAUCCACUGUAAUUUCUGUGCCAGAAUCGGACAUCCAGGCGAAAGUGUCGAGAAAAAAUCCCUCGAAUACUAAUCUUUUGAUUGUCGCGGCAGUUUUUAUCUUCAUAUUGAUAGUUGGGAUCGUUGUCAUCAGCGUGUUUUAUGUGAGAGAAAUUGAAGACAAUGAGGACGAACAUGGGAAAGUUUACAAAUCGCCAACAACUGGAAAAUUGUUGGCUCCAUGCAUUGACGAGAAUUGCAUUCAGAACGCCGCAGCGAUAUUAGAAUACAUGAAUCGAUCCGCGGAUCCUUGUGAAGACUUUUAUACCUUCGCAUGCGGUAGUUGGCGAGCCAAGACCUUCAUACCAACGACUGAAACAUCAGUCAGUAUACUUUGGGAGUUGGGCAAACGCAACAGCGAAUUCAUGAGGAACCUCUUAGCGAACCCUGGAACAAAGCAAAAAUAUUCCUCGAACCGGGCAGUGAUGAAAGCAAUCGAUUACUACCAAACAUGCUUGUCUAAAGCAUCGGUCGAUGCACAAGGUGACGGAUAUUUAAAAGAAGUCGUUGCUAUGCUGGGAGGAUCAAAUCUAACGACACCGAAUUGGAAUUCCUCUGAAUACAAUGUUGAAAAGGCGAUGCUCACAGCUAUCACAAAAAUUGGCACCGCUCAACCGUUCUUCCAAGUCAAUGUUUUCGCCGAUUUUGUCAAUUCUUCAAAGAAAAGUUUUGCGAUUAUGCCGGGUGAUAUCGGGCUUUCCACAAUUUUUUACGUCAAGGAAAAUUCCAGUCAAGAUUUUUACGAGAAGACGCGUAAUUCCUACAAGCAAUAUAUGGUGGAUGUCAUGGUGUUGUUUGGAGCUGACCGAAAAGACGCUGAAAAACAAAUGGAGGAAGUAUAUGUUCUGGAGAAAGAGCUGGCUACGAUUUAUAGAAAUCAAGCUGGGCACCCGCAUUCGUCGACAAUCAGCAGACUCUCAAGUUACACUAAAUUCGAUUGGCAUUCGUUUCUAAAUGCAGUUGCAGCCCAGCAAAGUUAUAAUUUCUCAAAGGAUGAGACUAUUUUGGUUCAGACAAGAAGAAUCUUGAAAUACGUGGUGGCAUUGAUGAAUAGUACAGAUCCAGCAAUUGUGUCGAAUUACAUUGCGUGGACAACGAUCAGAAAUGUGAUACGAUAUUUACCAAACGAUUACGUCGAUGCACGUCUUGCUUACAAACGACGCAUUCGCGGCGAGUCGUACGAGGAUCUUGAACGAUGGCUAUUCUGUUAUCACACAACAAUGCAAGCAUUUCCGAUGGCCAUUGGUCUGAUGUUUGUAGAUGAAAAAUUGGACCCGGACGCUAAAGCAAGGGCUAAAGAAAUAUUUGAGGAAAUAAGAAGUGAAUUUUUGAGAGAACUUUCCGACCAAACUUGGAUGGACAACGUUACAAAAAGGCAUGCAAAAGAGAAAGCUGUGGCAUCAAGAAUUCUUGUAGGAUACCCGGAUCACAUUAAGGAUGAAGAAAAGUUAAAUGCAGAAUACGAAACCAUCCAAGUAAAUCGAAGCCAGUACCUUAAAACAGUGGUCUCCAUAAAAAGAAUUACCCUGAUGAAAAGAAUCGCCGAAUACAAGAUACCUGUAGAUAGGAAUGUGUUCUUUCACUCGCCUGCGGAUGUUAAUGCUUAUCACUACCGACAAGAAAACAAAAACGUUUUCCUCGCUGGAAUAUUAAACCCUCCUUUCUAUAGCGACAGAAGUCUCAGGGCAACAAAUUAUGGCGGAAUUGGCAUGAUUGCUGGUCACGAGUUGACUCAUGGCUUUGAUAGCAUUGGUCGUGGCUUUGAUAAGGAUGGUAACAUGCAUGACUGGUGGACAAGAAAUUCAACAAUAGAAUUCGCAAAGAAAACCAAGUGUUUCAAGGACCAAUAUAGCAAAUUUCAAAUGUUUGGAAAAAAUGUAAAUGGAGAGAUGACAAUCGAGGAAAAUACGGCAGAUAAUGGAGGUGUCAAAUUUGCUUACGAGGCGUACAAACGGUGGGUUGCGAGAAAUGGUGAAGAGCAAAGACUACCUGGCUUGGAUUACACACCACAUCAGCUGUUCUUUGUUUCAUAUGCACAGGCAUGGUGUUCAAAGUAUACACUACAAGGUGCUUUGGAGCAACUCGAUAGCAGACCAUGGCCGCCAAUGAAUUUUAGGGUGGAGGGUGCAAUUAUGAACUCUGAGGGAUUUGCAGAGGCAUUCCAGUGUCCACGAGGGUCACGCAUGAAUCCCGUGAAUAAGUGCAGCGUCUGGUAAUCUUAGCUACUUUUUACCGAACUUGUACAGCUCUUUAUUUAUAUAGCGACGAUUUCCACACUUUAUUUUAUAAUCAUUCUUAAGUCUUUUUUAAAUCUUAAUUUUUUAAUUUUUGUAAAUAUGCAGUUUUUCGUGAUCACAUGCACUAUAAAUUAUAAUGUACUAAUUUGUCUAUGGAAAACUGUAACUGAACAAUGUUCCAAGCUAAUAU